AUGAACAAAAAUUGGCAGAUUUGGGUCCCUGUGGAAGAGGCGGUCCCUGUGGAAGAGGCGGUCCCUGUGGAGGAGGCGGUCCCUGUGGAGGAGGCGGUCCCUGUGGAGGAGGCGGUCCCUGUGGAAGAGGCGGUCCCUGUGGAGGAGGCGGUCCCUGUGGAAGAGGCGGUCCCUGUGGAGGAGGCGGUCCCUGUGGAGGAGGCGGUCCCUGUGGAGGAGGCGGGAGGAGGCGGUCCCUGGGGAGGAGACGGAGGCGGUCCCUGUGGAGGAGGCGGUCCCUGUGGAGGAGGCGGGAGGAGGCGGUCCCUGGGGAGGAGACGGUCCCUGGGGAGGAGGCGGGUCCCUGUGGAAGAGGCGGCCCCUGUGGAAGAGGCGGUCCCUGGGGAAGAGGCGGUCCCUGGGGAGGAGGCGGUCCCUGGGGAGGAGGCGGUCCCUGUGGAAGAGGCGGUCCCUGUGGAGGAGGCGGUCCCUGUGGAGGAGGCGGUCCCUGUGGAGGAGGCGGGUCCCUGUGGAGGAGACGGUCCCUGUGGAGGGGCUGAGGCGGUCCCUGUGGAGGAGGCGGUCCCUGGGGAGGAGGCGGUCCCUGUGGAGGAGACGGUCCCUGUGGAGGAGGCGGUCCCUGGGGAGGAGGCGGUCCCUGUGGAGGAGGCGGUCCCUGUGGAGGAGGCGGUCCCUGUGGAGGAGGCGGUCCCUGGGGAGGAGGCGGUCCCUGUGGAGGAGGCGGUCCCUGUGGAGGAGGCGGUCCCUGUGGAGGAGGCGGUCCCUGGGGAGGAGGCGGUCCCUGUGGAGGAGGCGGUCCCUGUGCUCACGUGA